GGUAACAGAUCAACUGGCGAGAUCUCACGUUCGGGGGAGAGGGGACUAGCCAUAACAACGCUGUGGGUUUCUACCUGCCCCGAUUGCAUCGUAUUGGAAUCGCAUCCCUGCCAACAAAUUUGCAUUUCUCGUUAAGACGUCGCUUACGGCAAUUGGCGGCAGUUGUGUGAUGCUGUUUGACCUGGUCCCUAUUACACACUUUAUUGAACCUCCUGGACCACGCACCACCGCCCUCGCUCGUCUUUUCCGACCCAUGACUCCCGUUCUUGUUUCCGGCCUGUCAAUGGGUCUGCGGACCCGAACAAAAGUAAUAUUGAUACUUGUGUUAGCUUUGGUCCCGCUGUUGUACAUACUUUUGAGUUCGGACUCUUCGACUGGUGUUCCGCCGUUAUCAAAUCCGCCUACACGAGAUGUUACAAAUGAACCUGUGAGCAAUCCAAUAAUACAUGAGAACACCGAGCGCAUACCAAAAGUUAAUAUCGAUGCCGAGAAGAAAGCCAAAGCGGAAAUGGACAAGUUGGAGGCCAAAGUCGUUGCUGAUGUGAAAGCAGGUUCUGUAUCGGCGAAAAGCUCUAUACUUGACCCUAACGACGACGUGGAUGCUGCUGGACCAUUCAUUGCGUUUUUGGGGGGACGCUUGCCCAAGGGCAUUACUGGACGGGCUUUGGAUCGGGUAUAUGAAUGGGCACACAAGGCAGAGCUGGCCGAUGCGGCCGCGCGUGAGGCUUAUGCUGCCGCGAUUGAUGCAAAGGCCAUGUUGUUUAUAUCUGCGGCGACCGAUAUGGAUGACCUCAUUGAUCGUUACUGGCAAACUCACAUGCUCCAUUACAAUGCAUCGGUGCAAAUGGCAGCAGCGGAGCGCAUCCGCGAAUUUCUAUUGGACCCUACUUUUGCUAUUGCGCCUUCUGACAUCUCCCUCCUGGAACCUAAAAAGACCCCACUUUGCCUCGUCGCAGCGUAUGAAGGACAACGUGACGAUUUCCCAGAGUAUGCAACAGUCCUCGCUGACAGUGUCGCAAAAAAUCAACCUUUUGCGGAUCUUCAUCUGUUUGUGCACAACGUAACGAAGCAAUCUUUUCCUUUGAACUUGCAACGACCAAAUGUCAAGGUCAUCGACAUUGCCCAUGUGGAUCCGAGCUAUGCGUAUCGCGGAUUUGCCGGAUUUGCUGCCGAUAGAUUGUGUAAAAUGUUUGGACGAGGAUCCCCUGUCGAUCCCGCUAUGGGUUGGGAUGGGACCGAUGAGGAUUGUGUCCUUUUGGAGCGCCGUCUUGCUCAAUUUGAGGGACGCGGUGGACGAGCACUGGAUCAGUUGCGGGGUCUUUGGGGACGAAUGUUUCAAGAUUGGGUUUCAUCGGAUCGCUGUGAGUCUUGGGGAUGGAUAGACGUCGGCACGGCAGUUGGUGAUCUCUCAAGAUGGAUGAACAAUACCGCGAUCAUGGACGCGGAUCUUGUAACGGCACACGAAGGGGAUGAGUGGCGUCUAUACUUGCGAAGUUCCUUUGCGGUCCACAGCUAUCGUCGAGCAGAGGCCUUGGUGACGGACCUGUGGAAAAGGUGCUCUAACCUGGCGACAUUACCUGCUCUGAUCAGCACGUUUGAGAACCCUGGGGAUUGGUUGAGUCUCACUGAGGGAUGCUAUUCUCACGGUGCGUUGACUGCUCCAGGAAUUCGUACUGUGUUGGCACCAUGGCAAUUACCUUCGUGGACGGACACCCGGCUGCUGAUAUUGCACGAUGGUCGGGCGAAUUAUUGUGUUGGUGAGAACAAUGUAGAAGUCUGUAGGGGCUGGGUUCGAACUUUCAUGCAGGAGCAGAAGAAGAAGGAAGCGAAGCAGAUUGCUGAAGCUGCAUUGAAUUCUAAGCAGAAAUCUUCAUCAUACCGUACCGCCCGACAAAUUUUCUCCUCUGCACCACGCAUGACUCGACCCGGUGUUAUCGCUUCCGGGCGAAAGUGUGCUGACUGGAUUCCCAACGAGUACAAUUUAUGCCUGGACGAUGACAAAGAGUCUUCCAAACGAGGCGACCGUGCUUACAUUCAAACACUGCAAACGAAUGCGGAGACGAACGUUACCUCGGCCGCUAUGGUGGAAUAUGACGUGCCAUCGGAUGGGGUUGGGAUUGAAGGAAUUACUGGUCGGGGAGUUGGUGAAACCAUGAUUGUGCGGUUUUUAGACUGGGCUACCAAAGAAAGCAAAGCAAAAGGAAAAAUAUUGCCAAAGGUCGAAAAGACUUGGUUCUACUCGGUGGAAAAGGGAAGUAUACAGAUUACAGCAGGAAAGAUAAUGUUGCAUACCGUAAAUGGAUGGUGGUAAACGAGCUUAUCAAGUUUGUGGGUAGUAGAGUGUAGGUGGAAACUUAGCGUACUGUAACUAUAGACGUCGAUGCUGUGACAUCAUGCAUGUGCAUCUCAUUUCAACAAUAAUAUUAUACAAGCAUUUAGCAU